CAAGUUUAACAUUCCUUUUAGCAUUCAAAUUUGCAAAUAUUACAACCAUCAAAUCUAAUUGUAUUGCCAUCAUCACAGUCUUCUCCAUCAGUGACUACCAUAUCCCCACAAACUGAUUGACAAAUAUUAUUUGCACCAUCAUCGUAGUAAUUACUUUAACAAAUACAAACAUUAUUACUCAAAUAUCUAUGUUAAGAACCUUUACAAGACAAACACUAAUUGCUACUUGGACCAUAACAUGAAUCACAUAAAGCAUGGCAGCUUGCACAAGUAUUGGAACCUGUUAAAUAGGUCCAAGGGUAGCAUUAGCAAUUUCCAUUUUACAAAUAAAAAUUAGAAGCACACUUAGUACAAAUAUAAGAAUUUUAGCAUUCUAAACAGUAAGAAGGCGUACAAGUUCUACAAACAGGAGGCGUAACUGUGUUAUCUAAAUAAUAAGUAUUGUCAACACAGGUGGAUGGUGAUGACAUGCCUGUUGGUAAUGUUUAUUUUCCUGUGCAUAAUGCCCAAGUGGGACCAGUGCAAGCAGUACAAUAUUGAGUGCACUAAUUAUUAAUUUUUAUUUACUUCUAAGACGAUUAUAAAAUAAUCAUAAACAAUGCAAAAGUUAUCCUUUACUGAUGCUGCUGUUGAACCGCAUUUAAGCUAAACAGAAAAGCUGCUUGUUGUGUGCACUUCUGUUCUAUCAAUAGUAAUGAAUUUAUCUUAUUGAGUCUUACCAACAUUUUUAGCUGUAUUUGCACAAUCAGUAUAUACUAUUGUCUAUGAAAAUCCUCCUACUGUAUAUUAAAAAUUUCCUGAAAAAUUAUCACCUAAAACCAAUGUAAAUUUCAAUCUAAAUUUAUAAUGUGGAUUUAAAGUGAA